CAGUGUCACGAUUGAAACGCAGGGAACUUUUAUUUUGAAAAUCUCGCGAUCAUGUCGUUGUUUCCAGGAUCACAGUUGUGAAGUUUUGUUGUCAGCAACAACCGACGCUGAGAAAAUAACUGGAUUUACAUCAGAAAUGAGCUGAAAGAAAACAUCCUUUGAAUAUCACAUUAAAAUACUACGAAAUGAAGUCGGGAUUUACUGUGAUAACAGAAAUGAGAGGCUGAACCAACCUGCUGCUUUUAAAAAUCACCUGCGGCGGGAAAUUCAAAAGCAGUACUGACAACAACACAUCUGUGGAUAUCUCAGGAAAUAAAGGCAAUAAUCGUUAUGUUGACGUCAUGUUCACGGUAAGACUGUUAGAAACGCCUGAAAAUGAUCAAAGCCUUUGACAGCUAACCACUGGGCCUGUACAUUGUUGUUAUCAACUGUUUAAAGACUGACAUCAGUGAAAACAGCUGUCUUAUUACUGAUAUAAUAGUGGAAAUGGACCCUUGUUGUGUGUCUGUGGUCAAUAACACGAACUUAAACGACUCUACAUCCAGUUCUGAUGCAGCAGAUGUGUUAAUUCGUUCGACCAGAGCUGCUUUGGCUGCCAGCAGAGAGGAAAUACAGCAUGAGAGUCGUAAUCAAGUUAAUAUUUACAUUAGGAGACUGUCAGACUCUGAAGAUGUUCACUCUGUGAAUGAGAGAGAAACCCCACCCGUCCACCGUGUGAAUAAUCCUUCAGCUUCAGACACAGUUGAGCCCCAUGAACAACAUCCCUCUGGAUCAUCAAGUCAGUUUGCUGGCAUUUUUGACAAAGCCUUCAGGAAAGAGAAAAGUAAAGUUCCAACUACAAUCAUGGAGAUAGCAAACUCAAAGUCGAAAGGUGAAGACGUGCAAAUCUCUACAUACUCUGCUGAUGGGAGAGGAGCAGUUUCUGCAGCCCUCAAGAAAAGAUCCCAAAGUGUCCCUUUAAGACGUAAUGUGACGGUACAAGUGUUGGACCAAGACAGAUCCCAGACUCCAAGAGGCCAGUCAGAACCUGCUUUUCCAUCAGGAGACCCUGGGACUUCUGCAAAUGUGGCAGCCAUAACAGCUGCUACUAUUGCCGCCACAGCACCACUUAUCAAGGCUCAGAGUGAGAUGGAGGCUCAGAUCGCACUGGUAACAGCUGAGCUGAGGAGGCUGCAGGCAGCAGAGUCCAGUGUCCAGCCGGAGAGAACUGAGAACAGUUCUGUUGGGAGAGCAGCCCACCUGGAGGAACAACUUAACCUUCUGAUGCAGCAGAGACUGCAACACCUGGAGACCAUCCAAUGUCAGCAGAUCCAGCUGCAGAAUCGUCUUCUGGGAUCGGCUCUGGAUGUCGUAGCAGCUCGGGCGAACACAGACUCACAGUCCACCCUGCACACAGGCUCUGGAAUCACCCAGAUAGACUUUCUGCCAGCUCAGAUCUCAGACAGUCACAGCGUCAGACUCUCUGCCACUGAUAAAACCUCUGCUGGAAGCCCAGCAUCUGUCUUAAAGGAUGUGCUCCGGGACAAACGAACAGGUGGCCAUAAAAGCCCCCUGGAGACCCCUGCACCACGUAAAGUCAUUCCUAAACCCACCCACUGGACAUCAUCAACAAACACCAUCAAACCUCAGAGAUCCUCCCUCAGAAACCAAGGAAAUGGCAGACUUCAGGACCAGAGCCCUAAUAACCGGAGGUCUCCCGAGAGAUGCGCCCUGCAGUCUGUCGGGGUAAAGAGGUUCGCCAUGGCAACAGCUGACAACGGCCAACCAGAGCGGUCCAGGAAAAGCCAGACGCCACCUAAAACAUCUGUUGCUUUUACUGGAAGUGUACAACCAGAAGAGCCAGCUUUCAUGAAGCCACCAAAGAAACAGGAGAACCAGGCAGAACAUAUAUGUGUGGCGUCUUCCAGCUCGGCUGUGCAAAAAGCCAAUGAGAUGCUGCAGGAUCUGGGGCGGCUUAAAAAUGAGAUGAGGAGUCUACUGCAGACUGCUGAUGCGUUUCCUGUGCAGAAUGCCAAGUCGACCCAGAACAGCAGGAGCAGCCAUCUCGCCCCCUCCGCCAAAGCCCUGCCUCCUUCCACAACCCCCGUCUCCGUGCCCCCAGAGCCGGUUGAUGCAACUGCCAUCAGGGCUGCUCCUUUAAACAGACCCAGCAUUCUGAAGAGCAUCCAGCCACCCACAUCCAUGUUUGAGGAUGCAGGACUGGUCCUGAGGCAGGUGAGGCAGAGCAAGAAGGUUCUGGAAGAAAACCUGGAAACCAUUCUGAGAGCCACAGAUGGAGAGGUGCUUCACACGCAGUUAGAGGCACUGUCGAAAAACAGAGAUGUCCGUGAAGAGCUGAGGAUAAAGAAGACAGUUGAUGCCUGGAUCAAUACACUCAGUAAGGACAUUCAGGAUGAGCUGGCGAGGGAGAGCUCUGAGAGGUUUGUGGAGAGGAGCGAUGCUGCAGUCUCUAAAGUGGUGCAGCAGGGCCAGGGGAGCAGGAGCGGACGUGUGGCUGGUCCGAGAGGGGGAGGAAGAGGAAGAGGGGGGGGCGAAACCUCUGCGGCAGACAAGAAAACCUCUCUGAGAAGCUCAGUUAAAGCACAAGCAGAAAACACACUGGCACACAGCAAACAACCCGCUCUGUCCGUCAGAACCAGACCUGAAGGGAAGCGAGAGUCGGCUCAGCCGGUUGUGCUAAAAUCUCAGGAUGAUGAGGAGUAUCUGGCGAGGCUGUAUGGAAAAGCCCUUUAUGAUGGUCAUCGACGAACGCUUAAAAAAAGCCCUUACCUUCGAUUCAACUCCCCCACGCUGAAAUCCAAACCGCAACGACCAAAAGUAGUAGAGGCUGUCAAAGGGGUGAAGAUGAAGUCAUCUAAAACCCAAACUAGCCAGUUUGUGGAUGUUGUUCCUGCGCCGCAGUCUUCAGUCUCUGAGCCCCAUUUCCUGUUCAGCCCCAGUGAUCCUGCUCAACAGCAGCAGCCUGGCUCUCCAUUGCGAGGUUACCUCAUUCCCAUGGCCAUACCUUUAGGUAAGCCCAGAGUGGACAGCCAGGCCCCGGUACCUUCACGGGUCAUCAUUAGCGACAAACCAGCAACCGUAAUAACCUCCUUCCCUCCCAUCACUGUUCCUGAUCCCAAACCUGCUCCUGCUAUUCGGAAACCCAACACCAUUUUACUUGAGGUCCAGUCAAAACCAAAGAAACGGACCCCACAGCUCCAAAUACAGGUCCAGCCUGGUGUGAAUAUUGAGAGUGGUCUGUGCAGCCGGCCGGCUUCCUCUACGCCGUUGAUUCCAGCCGAAACCAUCCUUCCUCCACCUUCAACCCAUGCCGCCGAGGAACCGCAUGCUGGUGAAGAUCAGGAGGAAAAUAUCUUUCCCGGAACCAGUUUCUUGUCCGUAGCCGACAUCAGCCAGGAAACACACGGCGGACUUCCAGACUCUCCUAUAGAGCUCAACGGGCUGCCGUCUCCUCCAGCUGCUCUGUAUCACGGCCCGGCCUUUCCUCCACAGCCUUCCCAUUCCACGCCUCUGACCGAGCCCAUCCUGAGCACCAUCCAGCAGAGAGAAACCCUGGAGAACAGGCUGGUGGAUUGGGUAGAGCAACAGAUGAUGGCCAGAGUGAUCACUGGAAUGUUCCCCGUCCAGAUUGAUCCAGCCAGCCAAUCAGAGCCAGAGAAUAGUGUGACAUCAGACAUAGUGGAGGCCGCAGGUGGCGGUGGGCUUCAGUUGUUUGUGGACACAGGGGUACCAGUGGACUCUGAGCUCAUAAGACAGUGUGUAAAUGAAGUGCUGGCUGAAACCGUUGCAGUAAUGCUGGGACAGAGAGAGACACAGAGUGAACCCGCUGCCCCUGUCCAAACACAGGGUGCUCAGGUGAAGGCGACCGAGGUACCAACACCGGCACCCACUCCUGAGCCCAGUUCCAAAGACCCGCCGUCUCCUGUCAGAACCCCUGAUCUCUCCGAGCAUCUUUCUACAGCUCUGUCUCCCAAAGAAAAGCGUAAGGGAUCUGCUUCACCAGGUCCAGAUAGUAUUCCUGUGGGCACACCGACUACCACUCCAAUCCCGUCUCCCACCAGGGUGGCCACACCCUCUCCUCCUCCAGCCAAUCAGAGCCCAGAUUCAGCCAGCCUCCAGAAUCACCCAUGGGGACAAACAGAGCUCCCCCUGGAGGAGGAACAACCACACAGCGAGAGGCAGGAACAGCCGUCAGCACCAGUUGUCAUGUCAGUAGCCCAAGAGGACGAUGAGGAAGAAUCAGUCACCCAUCCAUCUUCACCUCUCCCAUCCAAACCCACAACUCUCCCACCUCCUCUACCUCCUGUGAGCCAGGAACCUCCUCCUGCCGCCACCCCUGAAUCCUCUUCCUCCUCCUCCUCAGAGGAGAGCAGCUCUAGCUCCAGUGUGACUGUCACAGAGACGGAGACGGCAGCCAGACACAUCUCAGAGGGAGAGCUGCUGCUCACUCACGGCCAGAUGGCGGCAGUCAGAGUUCUGGAAGAGGAAGGAGUCCUUCUGCCUAAUUUGAUGACCAGCCUGAAUGGUUCCCUGCACGGAGUCCAAGAUAUGGACUAUGAUCUGCCCAGUGAAGGUCAGGUGAUCGGAGCUCCACGCAUUCCUGCUCAUCAUGAUCCCAUCCUGUCUCUGUUGGCCAGAAUGGAACGUGGCCCUGUCAGCCAAUCACAGCAGCCACAGAAAUGGUGGGAGGAGGAGAGCAGUGGAGAGGUCAGUGAGGGUCAGAGACCACUUCUGACGACCGCAGCGGAGAUUGUGCUGACCGGACACUCACUCAUGGAUCAGCACAGACCCACAGAGAUCUCACCCCACGCCACUCUCACAUCACCUGGACAAGUGCUCGCCGACCACACGGGUGCUGUGGUUGAUGACACUGGGCUGUCAGUGAACCUCAGGUCAUCUGAGGAACAGAAGGAAGCUGAGGUUUAUCAUCAUGUGAUGACUGUCUCCUCCUCUCAGCCUCAGGACACACAACAUCAGAGCUCCCAGGCGGCACAGGCGGUCCACAGACCUGCACCAAUCCUGGUGAGGCAGUAUGAAGACAUAGAAGAACCAGAGUUGCCCAGGUUGAGGAGACUUUCAGAUGACACGUUUUUUGGGGACAGCGAGAAAGUUGAAGACAUUUUUCUGCACGCAGGAGGAGGAGGAAGUGAUGUCAGAGUGAUGUCGGUGAGGCUGCCGUCAGUCAAACAGGAUCAAGAGUCUGUCAGCCUCAGCUCUGUCGAAGGCGAUACAGACUCUUCUGCUAAUGAUGUGUAUUAACAGUGACGACCCUGUGAAACCUCUCUGAUGGGAAACUGCUAAGUGCCUCAAAGGAAGGAGAUGUUCUCAUCCUUAAAUUAUUCACAUCACAGAAAUUUCAUACAUAUUUGGAUGACAGUUAGUGCAAGAGAUACAAUGAACUUUCUCUAAUGUCGCUUGCAGCAAGGUUAAAUGAAACCAUAUGUGCUGUUGUUUGCUGUAUGACUACAUUUUUAAACAAAUAAAUUUGAAACAAAUCUG